CUACUCCCUUUGAUCUCUUCGAUCCCCGGCCACCUUUGAGUCACCGAUGGCUUCACAACAAGACACCCAAUCUCCGCCGCUGGUCCACGACAGCUUAAAACUACUGACCUCCGACACAGACCACCAUCGCCUCGCCGGCCUUGACCUCCUCACCCAAUUCUGCAAUACCAACGACCUCUCCUCUCUCCUCACUCUCCACCAAACCCUCCCUCCCCACUUUCUCGACCACCUCCUGCGCAAAGUCGCCGCCCUAAAAAACGACGUCGUUUUACGCCUCUCAAUCACCUCCCUCGCCGUCUUCUGCCGCGUCCCUCAAAUCGCCGCCGCCAACGACGCCGUUCCUAAGAUCCCACUCGUCCUCAAACUCAUCUCAACUUCUCAAGAAUCAAACCCGAUUCUCCAUGAAUGCUAUGAGUUUCUUCACUUGGUUUCUACAGCUUCCGAUAAGGGAGCCAUCACCCUGUUCAACUCCGCCGGCUUCAUCAAAUUGCUGGCUUCUCAUACACCGAUAUUACCCCCACAAUGUUGCUAUGAAGCUUGUGCAGUAAACUGGUGUUUCUUGAUGUGUACGCGCGGCGGAGCUCCCAGUGAUUGUGGCUACAUUGGCUAGGCACUUUGCUAUGUCGUACAAUGCCGCGAAGCUCGGGUGCUUAAGGAUGAAAAGUGGCCGAAUUAUAUGCGUGACGGUGUUGUGGCGAUUCUGCAGAACCAUGUUGGAGCCAAUGAGAAGCUGGAGGCGCUUGUUUUGGCUGAGGGGAUGGUGUGGAUUUUCGGGGAGGGGUGGUUGAUAGGGGAGGUAGAUAAUGUAGGUGAAGUAGCUGAUGGUGAGAUGAAAGAGGAUGUUCCUGCUGACAGGUGCUUGGUGCUUGUUAUGGCGCAAUUGAGAGUUGAGGUUGCUGUUCUGUUGGAGGCACUUGCCUAUUUGAGAAAUAGAGGAAGUAAGAAUUUGAAAGCGUCGCACACUGGUGAGACGGCUUGUUCAAAGAAAAGGAGUGUGGCUGUUGUGUAUUCCUUGCUUGAGAAGAUAAUUAAUUUGAUGCUUGUGUGAAUAUGAUUAAAGACCUUGAUCGAUGAGACAGUUGGUGUGGUUCUGGAGUACUUAAAGGAUGCAAAGGAACAUGGAGAGAAGAAGGGGAAUGAUCUUCUCGCUGCGGUGAGGAAAAUUGGGAGAUAUGUUGCAGAAACUCCUGUUGCAUCAGAUGCAUGCGAAGACAAGAUUGGAGAGCUUUUAGGGUAUAUGCUCUCGAGUCUCGAUUGAGGGUGAUGAUGAACCAAGAGGACCCUUCCACUCGGUAUGCUAUAUUUGCUUCCAAUGCUGUCCCGAAUGACAGUAGACAUUGGAGGAUGUAUAGCUUUGGUUUCUUUUGGAGGUCAUAACACUGUUGUUGAUUGCCUUGUAAGAUUGAUUAGGCAGCAUAAUCGUUAUAUAGGGAGCGGAAUCAGCGGAUAAUGGCUGCAUCUAUUUUGCAUGGGAGACCAUCUUGAAUCUUCUGUCAAACAAAGUGCCUGUGCCUUUGGAUCACUCAACUGCUGUUAACCUAUUGAAAGCAUUGGCUUAUUGGAUAGAAAGCACACAUGAUGACUCGUCAAUUGUUCAGAUGGCUUCAAGAGUUUGUGCACGGUUGUUGGAUUUUACAUCGCAGAAGGCUCUUCUUAAGAAUCCUGACUUUGACAAUAACUCUCUUGAUAGAGUGUUUCGGCUGAUUGCAAAAAGCAUGGCUUGAUAGGAUACAAAAAUCUGAUAAAUGCUCCAAGUAGAUAUUCUUCUUGGUAUUAUUACGUAAACUACAAGUUUUGGUUGGAUUCUGACCAGGAAUUUAGGAGAAACAAAUGGUUAUACUUUUAUUUUGUGCCACAUUCUAAGGGUCCUUACUUUUCUUUUGUUCUAACAGAAUACUGUAUUUUACAACCGCAGAACAAGCUAUCUACAACCUCAGAUCUUAUUUUGAUAGGCCAUUUGUUAUUUCUUGGUAUCUAUAUAUAAGUUGUAAACAAGUGAUGCUCUUUUCAAAUUUUUCUUUUCCUUUUUCUUUUGUGUGUUGUGAUCAUGUGAUUUCAUUUUUGUGUGAUGUGUUCGUUAUCAGGUCAUUGGCUGUGAAGAUCAAUGUGGAGAAAGAAAAUGGAGGUUUAUAAUUCUAUAUACAGUAUCUGAGAUCGGAAGCCUAGACUCAGAUGAUGAUAGCAUCAACAGUUUGCGAUGCUAAUAAUGAUGCAUAUCUUGACUCUUUUAGCUACCAAUGGAGAGUUGGUCUGUUUUGUACUCUACAUUCUCGGUCUUAAACUUCCAAAGCACAUCUUCUCUAGAAAGCUAUUGAUCAAGUUUAAAUUGUUGAGUGAGCUGAUUAACCUAUGUGUAGCUUGGCAAAGACGUCAGAGGUACUGGUGGUCUCAAUUCUCGUAAAGGAGGACGUACUGGUUAUACACCAAUACCAGAGUCAUGUAUGUAAAUACAAAGCAGUGGUCAGUCAAGAACAUACUAAAUGAUUGAACUUGUGGAAUUCUGCAAGUGAAAGAUUAUUGCUUAAGCAACAAGGUUUGACAAAGUCAACCAAUCCCUUCAGCUGCAGAAUUUGCACUCCUAUAUACAUUUUCUGAAAUGUCUGGCCUAGACUGAUAUAAGAGAACCAUAAAAUAUACACAAGGAUCUAAGAUAGAACAAUAUCCAGAAAUUGUGGAAUGGGCGUCGACAUUCUAUCAACAUCAGGCCAACCUGAAUUUUAUCAAUCUACAGAGCCUGAAUUUCAUUAGAUUAGAGUAAGCAUUAUAAGAAUUUUAACAUGGCAUAUACAUUUUUAUGGUGCAUAAAUGCAUCGUUCUUUCAACUUGAGCAAAUUUUGCCUUGAAGGACAUGUACAUCAAGGUUUGGUACAAACGAGGGAAUCUUUUAGUCGACAAAUAGAACACAACUGGUAUGAUUGGCAAAAUGCAGCACUACAUAAUCAGGAAGUUUCCUAGAGUAGGUGAUGAAAGACUUGACUGUCGGGAAUAAGUCAUAGAAGACCAGGUUUAAUCCUCAUUUCCAGUAGCUCGUUGUCACGUUCUGUCCCAGUCAUUACCAUAUAGUAAACCAGGAUGAAUCACUAACUCUCAGUAGUUUAUUUUUCUUUUUCUUUUCCCAGUCAUCACCACGUAGUAAACCACGUUCUUUAUUGAUUGAGUUAAGAACUAGCAAACUUAGCUUCAUUUUCUGAUCAAAAAAAAGUUGUACAGAUUAAUUGUUGAAUUAUCUUAUCCCAUAUUCCUUGGAGAUACUUGAUUACCAUAUUCCUUGAAAAUACCUAGUACUUUGGGGUGAAUAGUCCCCUUGAAUAUUCACAGUUACAUCCAUGCAUCAUGUACAUAUUCCUGAUUCAGUCAAAUAUUCGUGUAAAUUUCCAAUUUUUAUCAAAAAUUCCCAAGAACUUGCCGUGCAUGAAUAGAGCUUGCAAAAACGUGCAAUUUACGUUUUGAAGCCUACUCCACUCAAUCCACUGCCCUUUACUAUAUAUAGUCAUUGUACUCUAUCGUACAACACCGUACCCCCUAAUUCUUGAGCCUAGUCAAAAGAACAGAUCGACAACAAAGUGUAUGUUCCAACGUUGAAGCCUUAAAUGGAUCCGAGGCUUUUAGUGUGCAUUAGCAGCAACAACAUUCCUGAAUUUCUCGACUUACUUCAUGAAAAUGAAGGAAUAUUUUCACAAAGAACAGCUGAUUCCUUCAACACAGUUCUACACCUCGCUUCAAAACUGGGACACACUGACAUGGUCCUGGAAAUUAUUAAGUUAUUCCCUGAAUUUGUUGCUGCUGAAAACAUGUACCUUGAGACUCCAGUUCAUGAAGCUUGUCGCCUUGGAAAUGCCAACAUCUUGAAGCUGCUAUUAGAAGCCAAUCCUCAAGCAGCAUGUAAGCUCAAUAUUCAAAAAAAGAGUGCUUUGUUUCUAGCUUGCAGUUUUGGCCAUCUUGAUGCAGUCAAUCUCCUAUUGAAUCAGCCUUGGAUUGAGACCUUAGAGGAUGUUGGGCUUGAUCAAACAUGCAUUCAUGUUGCGGCAUCUAACGGACACACAGAUAUUGUUAGAGAGAUACUAAACAUCUGCCCUAACUAUGCUCAAAAGGCUGAUGACAAUGGAAAUUCACCCUUGCACUAUGCUUGCAACAAAGGGCAUAGAGAAAUAACCUGGUUACUCCUACGCCGUGAUGUCAAUCUGGCCUUGCAGUAUAACAACAACGGUUAUACACCUCUGCACUUGGCAGCCAUAUAUGGAAAGAUAUCAGUCCUUGAAGACUUCGCAUUGAAAGCACCAGCGGCUUUUCAUUAUCUCACAAAAGAAGAGGAGACAAUAUUUCAUCUGACUGUGAGAUACGGCAAUUAUCAAGCUUUGUUAUUCUUGGUGCGUGUUGCUAACAGUACUAAUCUCCUUCACUGUCAAGAUCGAUACGGUAACACUAUCUUGCACCUUGCUGUUUAUGGAGCGCGUUAUGAGAUUGCUGAGUACUUGAUCAACAAAGCAAAGAUGGAGAUUAAUUCACGGAACAGCAAAGGACUUACUGCAUUUGACCUCCUCAGUGAGGCCAAGGACAGUGCAGGGGCUCGUCAUCUUUGGACAAUAUUCCACAAAGCCGGUGGUGAAAGAUGCAGUAAUGUGGAAAAUUCUUGUUCACCAGAAACAACCUCUUCAGGCCAGAGUUGCAUAUUCGAAGACAUGUCCUGUAUCACAGUUGAAAAUGCUUUACCCUCUUGGCAAGAAAUGACCUGCACUCAACCAGAGAACCAAUACAAGUCAAGACAGUCAUCACACCACAAUCAAGUUCAAGGGAGAUUUGACAAGGAAGCACACAAACUAAAGUCAUCCCCAUCAACCAACUCACGUCAUCACUGUAGCAAGUCUUCGAGCAAAAGGCAUCGUGAAGAUCAUAAGCAGCAUAAGAUGUACAGAGAAGCGAUACAGAAUGCUAGGAACACCAUAACACUAGUUGCCAUUUUAAUUGCGACAGUUACCUUUACUGCUGGAAUUACCCCUCCUGGAGGUGUCUAUCAGGAAGGAGCGAUGAAAGGGAAAUCGAUAGCAGGCACAACAACAGCUUUCAAGGUGUUUGCAAUUAGCAAUGAUAUUGCUCUCUUCUCAUCACUGUCAAUAGUUGUUGUUCUUGUUAGUGUUAUACCCUUUAGACGAAAACCACAGAUGAAACUCUUGGUGUUUUCCCACAAGAUCAUGUGGAUAGCUGUGGCUUUCAUGGCAACAGGUUAUGUUGCAGCCACAUGGGUGAUCAUGCCGAGAAAUCAUGGGACAGCCUAUGUGUUUGUGGCUCUACUAGCUAUUAGUGGUGGCACUCUGGGAACAAUUUUCAUUGGUUUGGGAGUGAUGCUUGUGGAUCACCGGUUAAGAAAGUUGAAUUGGAGGAAACUGAAAAGGGGAAUCUGGGGCGGUGCAGAUGAAAUUGAAAGCCAAAAUUCUGAUGUUGAGAGCUCAUUCCAUCAAGAGCUGAUAGAUUGGCUCAUGUAUGUCUUCCAGCUUGGUAAAGGAUGCCAUGAUGAGAAUGUAAAAAAAUUGAAAAUUGCAGAAAUGAUUCCAGGGCUGUUUGAAGCAAUUGCAAGAAAUGACAUGCAAACGUUCAAGGACUUGGUUCAUUACAAUAGAGAAUCUCUCUUGCGGAAAACUGAGGAAACAAGAAAUUCAGUGCUUCACCUUACUGCAAGAUUCGGGCAUGUUGAGCUGGUUACCUACAUUAUUAAGCUGCUUCCUGACUUGGUUUCUGUUAGAAAUGUUAAGGGAGAAACUGCGUUACACGAAGCUUGUCGCCAAGGGAAUACUAGUGUUGUGAAGCUGCUGUUGGAGGCCAAUCCGCAUGUGACUUGUAGUCUUAACGACGAGCAAACUGCUUUCUUCGUAGCUUGCAGUUACGGGGAUGUUGAUAUUGUCAAGUACAUGGCAAACCAACCAGGGCUGUUAGACUUUGAGCAACAUGAAGCUUUCAGUCCUCUUCAUUUUUCUAUAGCAGAAGGCUAUGUCGAUAUUGUUAAGACUAUUUUGAAUGCAUGUCCCCGCUUUGCUUGGAAGGUUGACAACAAUGGAUUUCUGCCGCUGCAUCUGGCUUGUGAAAAAGGUCAGGUAGAGAUAACAAAAACACUCUUGAUGAUUGACUCAAACCUUUCUCUUGAACUCAAUCGCUACUGUUACACACCACUGCACUUGGCUGCAAUGAAUGGUCAUAUCCAAAUCAUUGAGGAACUUGUUGUGUGCUCUCCCAGAUCCUUAGAACUUCUCACAGGAGAUGGAGAAAUUGUGUUUCAUAUUUCUGUGAGAUUUAACAGAUAUGAUGUGUUUACCUCAUUGGUAAAGAAUUAUAACAACACCAACCUGCUUAACCAGGCUGACAAGAAUGGUAACACAGUCUUGCAUCUUGCUGUCUCUGCCGGGUACAUUCGAUUAUCAGAGUACAUCAUCAAUAAUACUGCAGUAGAUGCCAAUUGUAUGAACCAAAGAGGCCAAACAGCAUUGGACAUCCUUGAUGAACAAAGAAGAUUGUCGGAUCUUAGACAUACAUUGAAGAGAUUUGGUGCCAGGACAAGUACUGAGCUGUUCUCUUCAACCCCAGAGGUUGAAUCAGGAAUUACUGCAACAUUAGAAAGUCCUAGAGCUGCAUUGGAUAAAGAAUUUGAUAGGCUAUUUGAAUGUAACACGCGUCCAGGUAGUGAUCAAUCUGAUCCAGAAAUUGGCAUUGCGCAUUCGGCUCAGGACAAUCAACAAAUGGACAACUUUGCUAUGGCACAAGCAAAGAUUAAUCCCAGCCAUGAUUUUGUGAUGAAUUCUGGUGUUUUUGUUAGCUCAGAAUCGUGUAGAACAAGAAUGAGCUCACCAGUCUUGAAUUCGCAGUAGCUCCGAAAGCCAAGAGGGAAAGUGAAUAAAACCGGGCAAUAUGAAAUAUAUAGAGAAGCAUUGCAAAAUACUAGGAACACAAUCACAAUAGUUGCGGUUUUGAUUGCCUCAGUCACUUUUACUGCUGGCAUAAAUCCACCUGGUGGUGUCUACCAGGACGGAUGGUAUCGAGGGCAGUCAACAGGUGGCAGAACAACAGCCUAUAAGGUCUUCACAAUAAGCAACACUGCGGCAUUGUUCAUAUCUAUGUGCAUUGUCAUUGUGUUGGUGAGCAUCAUUCCCUUCCGGAGAAAAUCACUGAUGACACUUCUCGUGGUUGCUCACAAAGUCUUGUGGGUGGCAGUGUCACUCAUGGCCACAGCUUUCAUUGCAGCCUCAUGGAUAAUCAUGCCACACGGACACGGCGAAGGUAAAAAUUGGACCCUUGGAGUUGUGGCAUCUGUUUGUGCAGGGACUAUGGGAUCUGUUUUCUUAUUUCUUGGUGUCACCUGGAUUAGACACUUGUUGAUGAAAUUGAAAUGGAGGAAACAGAUACGCGAGACUGCAGAGAAAAGAGCACAAAGACAAGCAGCACGAGCACACCAACGAGCACAAAAGCAAGCACGUCAUAAAAGGGCACAGAGAAGUACAGAGGAAGCACAUAGAAGGGCACUGAGAAGAACAGAGGAAACACCAGAAUCUAGCUCGUCAGUAUCCACAAACGCCCGUGCUGAGAGUUGCAAAGAACUAGGAUAUCAUACAUACUGAACAAAGGGAGUGGAGAAACUGUCUUCUUCCCAAUUGGAGGUAACCAGGAUACCGUACAUACUGAGCAAAAACAAGUGAAGGAAUUGUUGCCUUUCUAGAUCAACAUUAAGCUUUCGUACUGUAGAUGCAUGUGUUCUUGCU